CGGAGACCACUGAGGUGACCUUUUUCUCCAAGGCUGAGCAUCUGUCUGUGCAAACAUGAAUCCAGUGUGGAAGGUUUAUAAAAGCAAAGUGAUGAAGACUCUGAAUCCUGAAUAUGAGGACGAAAUGGCAGAAGAGGUCUCAGAAGUGGAGAAUGACAUCAGUCCGAUACAAGAAGACGAGGGGCCCAACGCGGUCUCUCAGUUGGCCAAAAAAAUGCAGGGGGCCGGGACUAAAAGCUGGAACAGACUAUCAUCCCUGUUCAACAAAGAGGAUGAGCACCAGCUUCUGGAGGAGACCGAGAGCCCGCCAGUCGCUGACCAUCCUCUUGCAGUGAAACCAGAGGAGCCUCCUCCUCGCCCCAACAGACGCUCUGGCUUCUGGGAUAGCUUUGCAUCAAACUGGGCUGCCAAGAAGCAGGCAGAGGCCGCUGCGGCUGCGGCUGCAGCUGCAGCUGCAAAUGAGGGGGCUGCAGGGGCGCAGGCUGAGGGAGGGGGGGCAGAGGUCAGCGCGGAGGAGCGGCAGGACGGGCAGGUCGCUGAAGCCGAGGCGACUCAGGGAGGAGAGCGGAGCGGCAACAGCUUCUCUAAAUACGUCACUCUGGGAGGAGGAGGAGGAGGAGGAGGAGGAGGAGGGGGGAACGAGGAGGCGUCUUUUAAGUGGAACUUUGUGACGAGCAAACUGGCUGAGCUGAAAACCAAGAGCAUGACCAAAACCAACUAGACACCUCUGGAUGAAAUAAAAGUACACAAUUUAAAGAUUGUGGAGAAAGUUCAAAAGAUUUCACUUUACAAAGGUCUCCUAGAUAUGAAACCCUUUAUUUGUCUUAUUUCACUCCUCAAAAAACGUACAAUGAACCAUUUCAUCCCAAUAAAAAGACAUAUUUAUCUUAAAGAAAAUCCUUCUAGUUUCUCUGACUUGUUUAAAUGCAUCAGUAGCACGAGAGUCUUUCACUGGAGUGCAAACAUCUGCUUCCACGCAUGAAAAUAGCUGUCAGCAAAUUAAAGUCAAUCUGCGGUUUAAUAGAUUAGAGUCAGGUGGAUUUAGUGAACCUGAAAAAUAACAGAAAGAAAGAAUGUAUUAAUAGAAAUGAUGACAAUGUGUGUUUGGAGGUGGUGAUUGAACUUUUCUGACUGAAAUGUGCAAUGUGUGAAUCUGUGAUUAUAUUCAUUCUAUGUCAUGAAAAGAGUCUGCUUGUUAAGUUAUCAUUUCCAUUAUCGUUAGUUUUGAUCUGGAUGUUUUCUUCUGGAAUUAUUCAAUAAACUCUACAGCGCUGA